GUUUGUUUCCGUGAUUGUUUCUCAGAAAGGUUGUCUGAGGUGGUGCAGCUUCAUCUUGGCAGUAAAGAGAGAAACACGUGAAGGUUUCCUUUUCCUCUCAGAGUGUCAGUAUCAACAGCAGAGGGAAUAAGUCCAAACUGUGGAGCUCUGUCCUCAAGAUGCUUCCUCAUAUGGCUCUGUGCAAGUUCUUUCCCCUUGUACUUGUUGGCGUUGUGGUGUUUGCUGCAAGUGGGAUUUUUGGUGACCCCCUGUAUGACUGUCUACAAGACACAGACUACAGCGAGCUGCUAAACAUCAUUGAAAAAGGUCUUCCUGCCACUAAGACUCCUCGUCAUGUUGCCAUAAUCGGAGGGGGCAUUGCUGGACUCACUGCUGCAAAGUUUUUAGAAGGUGCAGGACACAAGGUGACCAUAAUAGAGGCCAGUAACCGUAUUGGAGGACGUGUGGAGACCUUCAGGAACAGAAGAGAAGGCUGGUAUGCAGAAUUGGGCGCCAUGAGGAUCCCCAGUUUUCAUAAGAUUCUGCUCUCCUUUGCCUCGAAACUACAAAUUCCUUUAAACCACUUUAUCCAAGAUGACAUCAAUACAUACUACUUUGUAAACGGGGUGCUACAGAAAACCUAUGCAGUGGAAGAAAACCCUGAUAUUCUCAACUACAGCCUGAAUGAAAAAGAAAGAGGAAAGUCAGCUGCUCAGCUCUUCAGUGAGACACUCUGGAAGGUGAGGGAUGACCUGAAGACAAUGGGCUGCAGUGCCAUGCUAGAUAAAUAUGAUUCCUACACAGUGAAGGAAUACCUGGUAAAGGAGGGGAACCUGAGCCGUGGUGCACUGAGGAUGGUUGGGGACCUCCUGAAUGAAAACAGUCUCUUCUAUAUGUCGCUGAUAGAGAUGCUGUAUAUUCAGUCAGACAUCAAUGACAACACUGAGUAUUUUGAGGUGACAGAUGGCUUUGAACACCUUCCCAGAGCUUUCUAUCAGGUGUUGAAUGCUACCAUUCUUCUCAACUCUAAAGUCAAGCUGAUUAACCAAACAGGAGGCAGCAGUGUAACUGUAACCUAUCAGGACUGGCGUAAUACCAGCUCCCUGGUCCACCUCACAGUGGACUAUGCCCUGGUUUCAUCUUCAGCCAAAGCCACCGUCUUCAUCGACUUCCAGCCUCCUCUCUCUGGGGACAAGAUGGAGGCCCUGCGCUCAGUCCACUACGCCAGUUCAACAAAGGUGAUUCUCAGCUUCAGUAAGAGAUUCUGGGAGAAAGAGGGCAUCAGAGGAGGGAAGAGCGUCACAGACCGGCCCUCCCGCUUCAUCUACUACCCCAGCCACAGCUUCCCCGGUACAGACGCAGGGGCACUUCUAGCAUCCUACACCUGCUCUGACGACUCCACCCUCUUCCAAGGCUUGAGCGAUGACGAGCUGAUGGCUGUGGUGAUGGAGGACUUGGUGAAGAUCCACGGAGACGGCAUCAGGCGUCUGUGGACAGGAGGGCUGGUGAAGAAGUGGGGCUUGGAUCCUUACAGUCUGGGUGCUUUUGCCCUGUUUACACCAUACCAGAAGGAGCACUACGCCCAGGAACUCUUCCAGAGUGAGGGGCGGGUGCACUUUGCAGGAGAACACACAGCAACACCACACGGGUGGAUAGAAACUGCUAUAAAGUCUGCACUCAGAGCAGCUAAAAAUAUAAACAGCUUCACUCUUUAGCUUUGUAGCAAAUAUUUUUAAUAGUUUUAUAUAUGAUUCUCUGUGUUCAAUCAUAAACAGUUUGUUCAGGUAUAACAGAACAUCAUAUACAUAUUGGUAAAGCAGUUUCAACCACAGACUGUGUGAAAGAUGUUGAAGCCACUCUUACAUAACACCAGGUUUGUGAACCUCUCUAUUGAUGCAUGCAUUUAUAUUUUUGGCCAGUCUUUUUCAAACAAAAUACUGAAUGUAGCUGACAAACUGCCUGGGCUGCCUCUUAUUGAUUUCGGAACAGCCACGUCUUUGUGCAAAUCCUGUUUAAUCCUCCAUUUGUCUUUAAAUGGAUCCAUUGUUUACAAAUGUAACUUCAUAUGUUACUCAAGAAUACUUGAAACCACACAUUGGGACCACACUCUUAAAAGUAAAAUGUGUAAUGAAGAAGCAGAAUCAUCUCUUGUCUGGUUUUAGUUUUGCACAAAACUAGUUGUCCCCUGCUGGCACUUCUAAAAAUAAGUGGGUUCAAGGUACUCUUGCCUCAGCCCCAUUUUUAUUAAACAAGGGCCAUCAGUAUAAGGAUCCCUGGAUUUAGUGAUCCAAUUUCCUUCUACCAAGCAGGGGUGUAGCUAGGUAUUUUGGGCCCCCAGAAAGAAUAUUACACAGGGAUCCCCCUUAACCUGCUAGUCAAGCAACAAAUGUUUUACAAAUGUCUAUGCACAACCACAAGCCGGACCCUAACCCAGGCCGCCUGCGCGCAUGGGCCGCACCCCAAACCACUCAACCAUCUGCGUGCACCAUGUCUAUACAUUUGAAUGUAUUUUUGAACCAUAAUUUCCCCAUGUAUGAGCACAAUGGUUAAACUAAAUUGCUUGCAUUAUUUUGCAGCGCUGUAGUACACCAUUUUGACAUUUUUAAGGGAGGCGCAGGUGUCCCCCAGUAUUUUAUUUUACUCUUUUUGAUACAAAUGUCAGUCUGACGACCAAUUCAUUUAGACGUUUUUGAUUUAAUAAUGAUUAAUUAAUAAUAUAUUUAAUCAUUAUUAAAUUAUCAGCAACCUUGUAAAAAUGUUUGACCAAUUUUUUACCUGUAAUCUGGUAUUAAUCUAUCUCUUAUGAUAAUAUCAUAAUUUUUGAUCACCAAAAUUCCAAUCCAAUCCAAAAGAAAUGCACAAAAAAGGGGUUUAACUGGAAAACUCGAGCUUACUUACCUUAUUUUAUCUAAUGGAACAAUCCAUGCUAAAUAUUCAAAAUAACAGACAGCAUGUUUAAUCAAAGCAGUAUUAAUGUGUCCACUUAAGCACCACCACUGACAAAGUUUCCUCCUUGAAUGAAGGACAAGUUUAAGAAAAUAACCACAACACUCAUAUCCUCAUCAUGCAUAACGGUGCCACACAUGGAUAACAAACAGCUGGGAGUCUCAGACUGAUUUAACUCCUGGUUAUGGCUUAGUAACCUUAUUAAUGCAUAAUUUAUUUUUGAGUCAUAGAGGGGUAAAAUUGUUUCCUGAUCUCUGGAAAGUUUGUGCAUCAUAAAAACUGCAGCAAACUUCUAUCAGCUCUCACAGACAGCAGACUAGUCUAUACUCUAUUGACACAGUGCUGUUACCAACCUUAUCAUUAGAUGCUUAAUGCAAUACGGCCAAUUUGCAUGUAAAGGGGUGUUUUUCCCCCGAAUAACUGUACACUGGCUCAGCAUCUCCAUGCCCUGGUAUGUGUUAGUGGUGAUUGGCCUACAACAUAAUAAGGGGAGCAUUAAAGCGUUGCCUUUCGUCUUAUUUACAAACCUUUAGAGCACACACGUUAUUGUGGAGCUUUAACAAAGCAUCACACCAUUUGGCUGCACAGAAAUAUAUUCAAACAUGUUUACCACCAACUUUAACCAACAAACAGCAGCAAAUGAACGGGGAUUUCUACCAGCAACGUGUGACACAUCUCCUGUGUUAUUUUGUUUAAUACGAGCACGGAGAAGAGCUUAAAAUAGAGAUUACUUUAAUCAGGGAUUGUGGAGCAGGUGUAUCAUCACAUCUAGGCAUACCAGAUGCAUUUCCUUGUGUAACAAAUGGGUAACAAAGUGCAGUAAAUGAGCCCCUGCUAUUUAUUUUGUGUUAAUAAGGCAUCUACAAAGACACUUUAUUAUCUUUAAGUAUAAUGUACUUGGUGUACCAGCAAACUCUUCACAAGUAGCAUUAAUGUCUUUGAAGACACGGAUAUGUUCUUAAUAUCAAGAAGAGAGCAGCAUAGCAGAGUGUCACCUGUUAUUCCAAAACCAGUCAAACCAUGACACCGGUUGUAUACAUCAGACAAAAUAAUUUAUAAAAGGUGACAUGAAUUCAAACCUCAGGCUGUGUUUUGUUACUUCCAUACUGGUACUUAGAAUAAUAACAUGUAAUGUAGUAUUCUGUGACCAAUCAAAUCGUGAUUACAUUUCUUUUUUUUUUUUUUAUUUCUAUGAUUUAUUUAUUGUAAAUGGCCUCUCGCGGCCCACCUACAGUACCUCUGGCCCACACUUUGGGAGGGCUUUAAAGUAUUUCUUCUUAUCCUUUCAAAUAAACCAGUCGCUAUUUGAUCCCAUUUGAUAGCCUUAAUCCUUUCACAUAGCUUUUGAACAACUGGGACAAGAGGUUAAUCUGUCCAAUUCUUUUAUAUACAGUUUUGAGAAUCCCCCUAAUAUGGCUUAUAACUGUUAUAUAUUGAUUAAGAGAAAUGCUAUUAAACUGACAUACUGCUGUGUUCCAUGGGCCGUUUUU